AUGGCUACCGUGCUCUCCUUCAGCUUCAACUUCUCCAGCUCCGGCGACCUCUGUGAAACGGAGCUCAGGUGCGAACGCGACGCGCGCAUGGGCUCCGACGCUAUUGAGCUAACAAAGAACGAGCUCAAAGCCAACUUCUUCAGCGUCGGCCGAGCGUCAUAUGCUCGGCUGGUGCCGCUCUGCAACAACGCCACCGGCAAGGUGGCCAGCUUUUCCUCCAACUUCACGCUCCCUCCCAACAGCGUCGGGGAGAACCUCGCUCUCUUCAACGACAGCAACCGCUUCAACGCCGCCGGAGAUGACCGCAUCGUCACGGUGGAGUUCGACGCCUACCCCAACUCCUGGGACCACAACGACAACCACUUGAACCACAUCGGCAUAGACGUGAACAACAUCAACUCCAGCGCCUACACAAACGUGACGAAGCGCUUGGUCUCUAACGACGCGGUCAUGACUGCCGAGAUCAACUACGACAACCACACAGGUGUCCUGAUCGCCCGUCUUCGCAUCAACGACGACGAGCCGGACAUGGUGAACACGUCGGUGGACAUGAAGGCGGAUUUGCCUCAUGGAGUUGCAAUCGGCUUCGCCGCAUCAACUGGCCUCUGCAGCGAGCUGCAUCAGGCUGAGUUCGAGAGAGGGAUAGGCCCUAGACGGUACCGCUACCGUGAGCUCGCGGCUGCGACCAAGGACUUCGCGGAGGAGGGGAAGCUCGGGCGAGGUGGCUUUGGCAACGGGAGGAAAGAGUUUGAAUCCGAGGUGAAAAUCAUAAGCCGGCUGAGGCACCGGUCCGGUAGCCGCAAAGGUCUCCUGCUCGUCUACGAGCUUGUGCUGGAAGGCAGCCUUGACCGACACAUAUACAACACUGAUCGUCUACUCACUUGGUCAGAGAGAUACAGAAUUAUCCUUGGCUUGGGAUCUGCACUACACUAUCUCCACACAGAGUGGGAUCAGUGGUACAUAGACCCGGAGUUCGUCCGCACACGCAGGCCGACCGCCGAAUCCGAUGUCUACAGCUUUGGCAUCGUUGUGUUGGAGGUAGUGUCCGGCCAGCGGCCGGACACGGAGAUGGAGAUGGAGCAACCAACAACAGCUGACAAAGUAGACAGGGCGCUACCGCUGCUCAAGUGGAUCUGGAACCUGUACGAGAAGAGCGUCAUUGUUGAAGCGGUGGAUGAAAGGAUAAAGAGAGACAAGCAGCUCGACGAUUGCAAGUGGCAGCUACACCGCGCGCUGGUCGUCGGGCUCUGGUGCACACACCCGAGCCCGUGCGUGCGGCCGUCCGUUGUGCAGCUCAUGAACUUCUUGCAAUCCGAAGACCUCACGCUGCCGAUCCUGUCAAGGCCGGGGCCCGACUUUUCUCCUGGAUCACAUGCCUACAACGCGUCGUCGUCGGUCAAUGUCUGCAGUGAUGACGUGUCUUGGGCCACCACUGGCAGAUGA